AUCCUUCUUCAUCCUUUCUCAUCCCUCAUUGCGCUAUAAUGUCACAAUCCAUGAAGUCAAUCGCUUCACAGGUUAUUCGCCUGACCAACAUCGAUGCAGGCCUUUCUGCCACCAACCACUGACAUUGUUUUGUUCUACGAGAACACUGGCAGUGAUCCUGACUUUCUGAGCAGUGGCAUGCUCAGGGAGGCUUUCUACAAGGCAUUGGAGAAAUUUCCAAUAUAUCUCGGAUACUUCAGACAGCGCACCGACGGAGGACUCGCAAUUGUCAUUGACAAGGACGAUCUGAAUAUGCCAAACUACCUCGAGUCAACCUCGGAUAUCCUCUUUUCAGACAUCAAAUCCUCGAGCUACAACCCACGCACCUGGCCUGCUGGGCUGAUGACUACCAGCAUGUUUGCACUUCCUGACCAAGCAACCGGCCAGAUAAAGAUGCUGCAUGUCCAUAUUGUCAGGUUUCGGGACUCAUCUGGUGUGGCCAUAUUCAUCAGUAGCUGCCAUGGUGUCACUGAUGCCACCGGGUUCUACAGUUUCGUAAAUCGCUGGGCUGACGAAACGCGGGCUUUGCUGACUGGAGUGCCUGCGCCUGAGAUAGCUGUUUGCUUUGAUCGUGCAGUUCUUGUCGGUGACCCUACCGACGUACGAGUUGAGAUUGAUGAUCUUCACCGGCUUAGUAUUACGAACCCUCCGCCAGCAGCAAUAGCCAUGGCAUCGCUCUCUCCAGUAGAACGCAACAAGGCAAUUCACGCCAGCACACAGAGUGCUAAUCACCAAGGCUGCCUCUACCGAAUUGGCCAUAACAAUCUUGAGUAUUUGCGAGAUGGCGUACAGAAGUGCACCUCGGAUGGUCCUCGGCUUUCAAUUAACGAUGCCCUGAGCGCAUUGAUCGCCAAGACAGUGUCUCGGGUGCAGUUUGCCAAUAUGACUGGGCUUAUUGACCAGCCAAGCAAGCCUGGCGAUAUAUCACACCUCCAUUUGACUACCAUCGCAUGCGAUUGCCGCCGCCAUCUCGGCAUAUCUGACAUGGGUUAUAUUGGAAAUGUUCAGUAUAUUCCUAUGGUGACAAACCCAGUCGAGAGAAUCAUCCAGACAACGACGUUCGAGACGCUGGCUGAGGCUGCAAUUAAAAUCAGACACGCGAUUAACCGCGCAAAGGCUCCACAGAUAAGAGCCUAUUUCGAUAUGGCCAACCAGCAUCCAACCUUAUUCAUGAGCCCAUCUAUCACGGCAAAGAUGUAUGGACUUCGCACAAUCGUAUCGAACCAGUCUCGCUUUGGACUCUACGAUAUAGACUUUGGAUAUGGAACAGCGGAUUUUGCUACUAGUCGCCCCACUCGAUUCGCUAGCAUAGCCAGCAUCCUGCCUACUCGCCCACCAAGCAAGGAUGUAUAUGUCUCAAUUACUGACACGCCAGCAGUGCUUGAGAGCAUCAGCAACAACGAAUUUUGGAGACGCUUUGCUGAUCUCGUCUACUAGAGGAACUAAUUGAAGUCAAAAUUCUAAGCCACUCCUAUCCCACUAUUAACCACAUCGGGCACGCUCAGAAUCGGACUCAAAUAGGCCAGCUGGCUCCCCUUUUCCUUUCCUCACUCACU